AUGUCAGAGGAAGAUAGUCUUAUGGACUGCUCGUUCUUCAACGAUAAAGGUAACCUCAUCAUUGCCGAGUCCACCAACCUCGCCGACUUCUUAAAAGAAUGAGCUUCUCAUUGAAGCGGAGCCAAGCAAGAUUGAUUCAAACUUGCCCAAGAUGUCGAGCAAUUCUACAAAGACCAAACGAGCUCGAUCAAGAAGCUUGUCGACAAAGUUGGCACCAUCCAAGAGGCACUUUCGAGCGCCACCGUUGAGUCCUUCUACAAUAUCAUGGUUAACGAAGUCAAAAACGACAACCAGAAACAAAUCGAUGGACUUCAUACCAAAAUAAAGAAGCUUGAAAAGGAGAAAACUGAUUAUGCAGAAAGCACUUCCAAAGUUAUUGAGCAACUGACCCUUCUGAGUGUUCAGAAAGACGACCAGCUUCAGACGAUGACAUCGGACAUGUCCACCCUGAACCAGUCUUUUAGUGUGGCAGCUGAUGACUUGCUCUCUGGCAAGAAAAACAAGAAAGCCUCCAAGAAAGAAAAGAAGCUCCAGAAGCAGAUUGACGACAUGGAUUCAAAGAUUAUUGACUUGCAGAAACAACUUCGAGACUGAACCUCUGAAGUUAACUACUACAAACGCAAAGAAGCCAAGUGGGCUGAGUCAGAACAAGACUUCAUCAAGAGGAUCUACAUUCUUGAAGAGUUUGUCAUCAGAAGUCACUCUGUGAUCAACAGGAGAGCUGCUAGACACAUGAAGACUCUCAAGAAGUCGAUGAACCUCGACAUGAAGAUCUUCGACACUCUUAUGCAGAAGCAAGAGUGGUCUCUCAAACUCGAAGAAAACAAGAAGCAGCUUACCAACAGCAUCAAAGAGCUCGAAGAGUUCAGCAAGUCGCUUGGAGGCCUUGACAAUGUCGAGAUUGAACACCUUAAGUCUAAGAUCAACGAGGACACCAAGGAGGAGCAGGAAGAACAAGACAAAGACGAUAACGAAGAACCCGAAGAAGCCUACGGAGGCAGGUCCAUGAGUCUGUGCUCGCCUGAUGCAUUGACAAGAGGAGAAAGCGCUACCUACACCCUUAAUAACACACUGGACUUGGGAGAACCGUAUAAUCUUCGGCCUGACAAAAGGAGAAGUGACUCUCCAGCUCACUCCGAAAACCCUGAAUUCGAGGACUACCUCAAAAGGCUUGGAUAGCACAGACUGUCGCCGUAAAUUAUUCGGUAUUUCAAUAUGAC